AUGAUCUCAAUGACCGCUGUGCCGGAGCAUAUCUUUGCAAUUGUCAUGGACGCUGCGGGAGACGAUCUCCGCAAUCAGGCAGAGCACGCUCAGCCGAUCCAACAAGCAAUUCAUCGUUUUGAUGAUCUUCUAUAUCAAGGAAGGUCCUUUCCAGUCUUGGAGAAACUGAAAGCUUGGGAGAAGAUCCAACGGGAGGAUCUCAGCAAUCUUUGUGCUCGUUUUUUUGCUGACGGAGCUCAUGUGGAGGCCUUAAUUCUGGGGAACCUGACAGCUGAAGAUGCCAAGCAGUUGUCUGCAAAGCUUGUGACGGGGCUGCAGCUUUCAAAGCCAUUGCAAAGCUUGCCCUAUCGUGCAGAAGCUUCACUUCCAGAAGGUUCCACUUUGUGGGAGCUGGACAGUAUGGAUGUAGACGACCCGAAUCACGCUGUGUUGCUAAAACUGCAGCUGCCUAUUGGCCUAGAAGAUGAGAUGCUUGCGAUGCUGCUCGACAAGGUGCUCUCUGCCAAGUUUUUUGAAAUCCUCCGAACACAACAGCAGCUUGGAUAUAUUGUGCAGAUGGCAGCCUCAGUGCCGCUGAAGUCCCCCAUGAUAGUAGCCCUGGUGCAGACGGAGUUUCUGCCAGACUAUGUCAGAGGCUGCAUUGGAAAGUUCAUGGAGGAACAUUUUCACUUUGUGGAGGAAUCCUUAGGUGCAGAGGAGUUUGAGGUUUGCAAGAGCGGACUCAUCUCCCAGCUUCGAAUGAAGCCAAAGAACCUCAGGGAGGAGGCCGCACGCUUCACUUCACAGCUGCACGAUCGCACCUUUGAUUUUGGACGAAGGGAAAGAGGUGCCCAAUUCGCGGAGACAGUGACACUGGCCUCCUUCAAGCGCUACAUCCGGGAGACAGUGAGGAAAGCACCGCAACUCUACGUCCAAAUCAAGAAAGUCCUGGACAAAGAAGACAAGCCACUGCCAUCGAACCCGAAUAGCUUCCCAGAUCCAGAGGGGCUGAGGCGGUGGACCACGUACAUGGAAACAGUGGCUUCCUUUGGGGCUUCUGCGAAGUGGGUUCCUGUGAAUUCCGCUGUUGAUGCCCCUGCGAAGCUGUGA